AUGGGCUCCUCCUUGUCCAAGGUCGCCCUCAGGGCAACCACCAAUGUGCCUACGAAACCAGAGGCAAGACACCUGGCCGAUCUUACAAAGUGCGUAAAUGAAAGCAAUGCAAGCGUUGAGCAUCUAGCUAAUGUUCUUUCUGAGAGAACUGGGAGCAGCAGCUGGGUGGUGGUGUUCAAAGCCCUGGUUACCAUACAUCACCUCAUGGUGCAUGGAAAUGAGCGUUUUAUCCAACACCUUGCAUCUCGAGACUCUUUGUUCACUUUGCACAACUUCCUGGAUGACAGUGUCCUAGAAGGCUACUCUAUGUCAACCUUCAUCAGACGAUACAGCAAGUAUUUGAAUGAAAAGUCACUGUCAUAUAGAUUCAUAGCAUCUGACAUCACAAAAACCAAGAGAGGGAGAGACGGUGCAAUGAGAACUAUGAAUACCAAACAGCUCCUAGACACACUUCCAGUUAUUCAAAUCCAGUUUGAUGCUCUUCUAAAUUUUAAUGCAACUCCAGAUGAACUAACUAAUAGUAUAAUACAUGCUGCUUUCCUGCUGCUCUUUAAAGAUUCUCUUCGUCUCUUUGCAGCCUACAAUGAAGGGAUCCUUAAUCUGCUAGACAAGUAUUUUAACAUGAAGAUAAACCAAUGCAAGGAAAGUUUGGAUAUUUACAUCAAGUUCCUCAGAAGAACAACCAAAUUGACACAGUUCCUGAGAGUUGCGAAGGAAGUUGGACUUUACCAGAGCAACAUUCCGUGUUUUGCUCAGGUACCCCACAGUUUAGUUGAAGCACUAAGACAACAUUUAAUUUAUUUGGAAAAGAAAAAUGACAGUUUACUUCCUUACAGUCUCCAGCAUGAAUUUAUGCCAUCCAUCCCAGUUGGCCCCGUUGUGAAGGCCUCAGCAAGACAAGCUUUGAGUAGAGAGGCCCAUAAAUCUGUGAGAGACAGGCAGCAAAGUGGAUUAAUUAGAGCAAACAACAUGGAUGGUACCAGCAUGGAUGGUAUAUGGAUGGUAGAAAAUCGUAACUUUGGAAAACAUGCAGUAAACAAAAAGGACAUAAAGUGGUGUCAACCCUCAGAAAUGGAAAUGAGUACUAGAAUGAACUGGCAGUUGAAUACCUAUAUCUGCACAUCAAACAUCUGGAAUUCCAUUCCUGGAAGAAUAAUGAUUCCAACUUCAAUGGACUCUUCCUCCCUAAUGGCAUCUGGAUCCACAGUUUAUAUUCAUCAACAUAUAAAGACCAACAAUCUUUCCAUUCCACCCCCAGGACAUAAGAUGCAGCCCAUGCAGAAGUACCAAAACAAAACGUUUCAGAUUCAGAGAUGAAUGAAAUGGUGAUCUUUCAACAGACUGUGAACUGAAUCGUCCACAUUUCCAAGUACAAUAAACAUUCAGUUGAACAUUCAUUAUUCUUCAGAGUCUUCAAUAUUUUAGAGGCAAUGCACUCUAGCUCAAUAGACUCUAUACACUCACCAGUUGAAAUUCUUCUCAUUAUUCAGUACCUAGUGUCCCUAUUCUGCUUUCUAGCUCAAUUGAUUGACUGAUGGAUUGCAGUAUUGGGGAUUAAACCCAAGC